AUGCCGACAACAAACUUCAGUAGAGGUGGAACACAGACCGAGACAUUUCAAGAGCUUCAUUGCUCCCCAUCUCUGGUUGGUGGGCUUCAGCAAGAAUUUAAAAUUUCUCUCCUAAUAAUCUACAUUCUUCUCUCCAUCACAGCAUUUCUUGGGAAUUUUCUUAUCCUCGUUGCCCUUCACAAAGAAUCUUCCCUUCAUCCGCCAUCCAAACUCUUCUAUUGUUGUCUGGCAACAACUGAUCUGUUGAUUGGUGUUGUAGCCCAGCCUCUCCAAGGUGUUUAUUGGAUUUCCUUGGGUCACGAGCAAUGGAAUCUCUGUCGAUACGCAUUUGACUCAGCCUUCAUCACAGCCCAUGCAUUAGAUGGAGUGGCUUUAAUGACGAUGACGGCCAUAAGCGUGGACAGACUCCUCGCCCUGCUGUUGGGGUUAAGAUACAGACAAAUUGUAACUUUGAAGCGCACAUACAUCAUUGUAACCACCUUUUGGAUUGCAUCUAGUGUCAUUGCGUUGUGCUACACAUCAGAUUACCGUAUUAUUAGUUGGUAUGGCCAUAUAAUUAUACCAUCUUGCCUUGUUAUUUCGGUCGCCUCGUAUGUAAAAAUUUUCCGGGGUCUCAGUCAUCAUCACGCUCAAGUACAAGAUCAUGUCCAACAACAGCCGAGUCAACGAAAUGCACUGAACAUGGCGCGAUACAAAAAGGCAUUGUACAGUGCACUAUGGGUGCAGUUAGCAUUAGUUGUUUGUGCUGCACCAUUCUUCAUAGUGACAAUUGUAAUCACUAACAGUAAAACAUAUUCAUUACAAUUAAUAGAAAUAUGGGAUGUAGCAGUUGUCUUAGUUCACUUUAACUCGACGUUAAACCCGUUCCUUUACUGUUGGAAAAUUAUUGAGGUGAGGCAAGCAGUAAAGCAGACAAUCAGACGAACACUUUGCCGUCCAGGGAGUUAG